GAGCCGCCCCGUCACGUGGGAACGACGCGGGGGGGGGGGGGGGGGGAACGGCGUGGGAGCAUGGCAGCUCUGGCGGCCGCCUCCCCAAGCGGGGAUGAGUGCGCAGAGGAGGAGGAGGAUGAGCUGGAGCCGGGGCUGGAUGAGGCCGAGCCGGAACCUGACAGUGGGACCAGGGCAGCGGGGGGACCCCGGGGGGCCGUGCUGACACGUCGGGGCAUCACUCUGCGUGUGCUGCUGCGUGACGGGCUGCUGGAAGCGGGGAGGGGGGUCUUGUCCAUCUACUACCUGGGCAAGAAGUUCGUGGGGGACCUGGGUGCGGACGGGGCCAUCACGUGGCAGGAGACGGGGCAGGUGUUCGGCUCACCCAGCGCCUGGGCCACGCACUGCAAGCGCCUGGUGAACCCUGCCAAGAAGUCGGGCUGCGGUUGGGCCUCCGUGCGCUACAAGGGGCAGCGCCUGGAUCAGUACAAGGCUGCGUGGCUGCGGCACCACCAGCCCCACGCGCCCAGCGAUGAGGCUCUGCCCAGCGAGGGCGAGGAGGAUGAGCUGCCCGAGGAGGAAGAGGAGGAGGCUGGGGACGGCCGAACGCCCGCACCGGAGCCAGCAGCCACCAAGAGAACGGAGGAGAAGAGCAAGAAGCUGCCGGGCCGCGGCACAGCAGAGCAGGAGCCCACCCCCCCGGCGAGGAGGCCGGAGAGCAAAAGCCGGGCGCCCGUCCGCUAUUGCAUGCUGGGCACACGCGACGCAGCCAGGAACCCACAGACCCUGGUGGAGGUGACGUCCUUCGCCGCCAUUAACAAGUUCCAGCCCUUCAACGUGGCCAUCUCCAGCAACGUCCUCCUGCUGCUGGAUUUCCACAGCCACCUGACGCGCAGUGAAGUCGUGGGUUAUCUGGGAGGCCGCUGGGACACCAACACGCAGCGUAGGCAAUGGGGGACAGGGGGGAACAGCCCCUGGCGCUGCCACCCACCCCCAGUCCCCGCAGUGCUGACGGUGCUGCGCGCUUUCCCGUGCCGGAGCCGCCUGGGCGAUGCUGAGACCGCGGGUGCCGUGGAGGAGGAGAUCUGCCAGAGCCUGUUCCUGCGGGGGCUGUCGUUGGUGGGUUGGUACCACAGCCACCCCUUCGGCCCCGCGCUGCCCUCCCUGCACGACAUCGACGCGCAGAUGGAUUACCAGCUCAAACUGCAGGGCAGCGGCAACGGCUUCCAGCCCUGCCUGGCCCUCAUCUGCGGGCCCUACUAUGCUGGUAACCCCGGUGUGGAGUCCAAGAUUGCGCCCUUCUGGGUGAUGCCACCGCCUGAGCAACGGCCCAACGACUACGGCAUCCCCAUGGAUGUGGAGGUGGCCUACAUCCAGGACGGCUUCCUCACCAACGACGUCCUGCAGGAGAUGACGCUGCUGGUGGAGUUCUACAAAGGAGCCCCGGACCUGGUGAAGUUCCAGGAGCUGUGGAGCCAGGACCAGACCUACCUGGAUAAGCUGAAGGGCUCCCUGGCCUCUCGCAGCCCCAAGGACCAGAGCUUUGCCCACAUCCUGGAGCAGAUCUACGGCCUGCUGAGGUACAGCAGCUGAGCAGGAGCUGCAACGGGAGCAGGGGCUGCAAGCAGCACCGCAGGGACGCAGCAUCGCCCUGGGAAGCCGAAGGAAGGACCGGAGGCAGCAGCUGGGGGCACAGGGCAGCGGGGCUCCUGGGGGCCCAAGGCUCCGCAGUGUAACAGAGCACGGAGAAAUGAAGGAGGAAUCCCAGUCUCACCUCUUCCACACACACACGGCUCUCUGCCCCACAGCUGCCCUCAGGGCCGAAAGCAGAACUUGUUUCGAUUCCACAGGCUGCCAAAGACCCCGGGAAGAAGGAAGCGUUUGUUCACCAUCAACUGCUUUUAUUGUUCUGGAAAAAUGGAAUGUUUCACUAACAGAAACUUCAAUGCCGACCAAGAACACGUUCAUAACAAAGAAAGGAAACCAAUCAGCUGAACUGAUAGAGCGUUUGGCUACGAUGUGGCAGCAGUCUCGCUUUUUCGUCACCACAAAUUCAAGUUGCUCAAUAAAACUCACCCCCAUUGGCGUUUUGUAUUAAAAAUAGAUUUUUCUGUCUAUA